AUGACAGAAGGUGAGCGUGGAUCUUUCGGCGGCCGAAAACGUAGCGAUUCGUAGUGAAACACAUAGAUAACGGACUGGUAGAGUUGCCAAACGGUAGAGUGGUCGGAUGCGCGUGGCAAGUGGUUCGGAAGCUCGGCGAGGGCGGAUGCGGGAGCGUCUAUCUGGUGCGCAACCUCGAAGACGAUGUGGAAGCGGCGAUGAAGGCGGAGUCGAACGGUGCGACCGGCGGAUGCGUGCUCAAACUCGAAGUGGCGAUUCUGAAGAGACUUGCCGGUCGACAGCACGUCGCACAGUUUCUGUUCGCCGCCAGACUCACCGACUUUAGCUACGUCAUCAUGACACUGCUCGGAGAGAGCUUGCAGAAAAUCGUCAAGUGAGAAGAGUCGACGCGCGCCCCCCGAAACAAACACUUUCGGAUUGCAGAAGAAUGGGACGACAGAUCACGGUGUCGUCGCAAGUGAGAAUCGCGGCGAACGUGCUCUUCUGUCUCAAGCAGAUUCACGACAUUGGCUUCAUCCAUCGGGAUCUGAAGCCCGCGAACAUGGCGCUCGGAUACCGAACGAACGCGCAAGAGUGCCGCUUCUUCCACAUUCUCGACUUUGGACUCGCUCGCCAAUUCGUCGUCGCACAAUCCGAUCAGCCGAGCCGACUGUUGAUGCGUCGACCGAGAGAACGGUCCCUUUUCAGGUUGAUUUGCACUUGCCGGGAAGAGUGAUGCGUUGAUUGCAGAGGAACAACUCGUUACUGCUCGAUACGGAUGCAUGACCUGACGGAGCAGGGAAGAGUCGACGACCUUUGGAGCAUGAUCUACUUGCUCGCGGAGCUCAGAGGACCGCUUCCGUGGGGAUCUCAGAGGUUCGCAAAAACGGGAGCAUCACUUCAACGUGACUCUUUCGAUUUUCAGGGACAAGCGCGUGGUUGGCGAGAUGAAGAGACUGUAUUCGGACGAAAUCGUCCUGCAGAACAGCCCAAUGGAAUUCCUCGAGAUCGCCAAACAUUUGAGGUUAGUGGCUGUGUAGCUGUUGUUGAACACCUAUAUACGGCGACGAAAAGUGUAGAAAGGGGCGUGGCCUAAUCUGAGACGCGUUUUCUGAAAAUUGCCGCAAUUCCAGCACACUUUUCCGAUAUUUUUGUGUUUGAUAUCGACGAAAGAAGAGACAUUAAAGAGAGAAAACAUUGAAAUUUUCGUGAAAACGCCGCGUUUGAGACGUUUUUGGCAUAUUUCGCAAUACGCUCUCCGCCGCCAAUCGCCGCCGCAAUUUCGGAAUUUUCAUAUCGACCGAUCUGGCUGAUUUUGAGACGAAGUGAGUGUUUUGGAAGUGAUAAAGCACGUUAAUACAAGUAUUUUAAGCGUUCAAGCGGCAAAAAGUGUCGGCGAAUGACCGAAAUUCGCGCAUUUUCAGCACAAAAUUUGAAAAUCGAUUCAAUUGAUUCAUUUCUGAAUGAAACCUGCUCGUUUUUGGCUCAAAAAGUGCUCGCGAUGAUUAGUUUAACAAAGUUAUGCAAUCGCAUCGUCGAAAUCGUACAAAAUUCGGGUAAUUUUUGACGAAAAAAACAUGAAAAAUGGGGUUAAAGUUCGAAAUUCGCGCCAAAAUGGUGCGAAACCGUGCACGCUAGGCCCCACGCCCCUUUCUACGUUUUUGGUCGCCGUGGCGCGCGCACACCUCUCGAUUUGUUUUUUAACUUUAGAAGUCUGACCUAUUUCCAUCGUCCCGAUUACCACAAAAUCUACAUGCUGUUGAUGACGGUUAUGGAGAAGGGAAAGUUCUCGUGGAGCGAUCCGUUCGAUUGGGAGAUGCCGUAAGAGAAAGAGCCGUCCGUGUGUGGCUCCUCUCCAUAUAAUCAAUCGUUCGCAAUCACAGAGCUCCGGUUCAAUUGAGUCGCGAAAUGGUCAAAGCGACGACGCAGAGUCGGGAGGCGGCAAAGCCGAGCAGGGAGAAUCUGAGCAAGGAGGAGAUGAUGAAGACGGCGAGGAAUAUGAGCAAAGAGACGGUCAGCAAGGAGAAUGUGAGCAAAGAGCGGACGAGCAAGGAGAGCGGCAUCGCAUCGGCGGAGAUGCUCCUCAUUGGAUCGGCGGAGAGGACGGAGGAGGAGCAGAAGCGCGACAAGUACAUGAAGAUUUUGCCGUUCGAUCCCGAUUUCUUCGCUUUCGAUCCCAUCGGAUUCUGAAUAAACGUUAGUCUGUGCUGAAGAGUACUCCACUUCCAGCAAGUUUGGCGACACUCGAAAAUCCGUUAUGCAACACAAUACACCGUAUCUUUGCCCCAUCUUUCGACUUGACAGACAGCAAAAAUUCAAGCCGAUGUCGUGAAGAUUUUGCGCAUUGAUGCAAAUCUGGCCGGCUGCUUCAUGUUCACCGGGAUCAAUGGUACCCAAACGAGGUUUUUUGCGGCGCGUCACACAGCCGCCCGAAGAUGCGUCCGAGCGAUUUGGAAACGAAGAGAGGGGGAUGUGUUAAAAAACAGAGACGCUCGGAGGUGGCGUUGCAAAAAUUCAGACUUGCCAAAUCCCGGGCCAGCAAAUGGUCGGCCCGGCCCGGUCGGCCCGGAAGUUAGACCUCAAAAAGAAUAUGCAAAAAAAAUACGAAGGAAGAGGAAAAAGCGUGCGGCAAAAUUGCUAAAAUGGCGUGCCAGAGUUGCAUUCAAUCGCUCCGCCCACUCUUGAGAAAAUUUUCGUAAUUUUUGUGAAAAUUUUGCGACUUUAAACAGCAAUUUCUAUUUUUUAACAGGUUUUUAUGCUAUAACAUUGCCUUUUUAAGUCUAUAAAAUUAUGUUCGUUUCGAAGUUCUAGUUCGCUUUGAAUUUUUAGGUGCAUCCUCCCGGGCCGACCGGGCCGGGCCGGGCCGGAAAAUUUCCAAUUUUGGCCCGGCCCGUUGCAAGUCUGCAAGAAUUUGCCCCGACCGGCAGAUCAGGGCUCCAAAAAUUGUGAUCAGGGUCUUAGAGAAGGCCCGUCUAGAAAAUUCUAAUUGAAACGACCCGUCGUUCGCGCACACCUUAUACGCGCCCGCAUGUGCCGACGUCUCACGGGUUCCGCACGCUGCUAUUGAAUGCGUGGUGGGCGGGGCGACAAACCGUUAAUAGUCGUUUUCUUGUGAACAAAUUGGAAACGAUUGUAAGCGCACCGUAAAAAUGACUAUUCGCGUUCAAAUUCGGAAAAUGGACCAUUAGCGGGAUGAUGUUCAGCUAAAGGGUAUUAAAGUGAUACUCGACUAUUAUCGCUCAACGUUUCUCACCAAUCGAUUGACUGUGAACGUCAAACAUCUGGGCCACGUCUUUAACGUUUCAUUUUUGAUUUGCCUGAACAUGAGGCUUGCCAGCCCGCCAGCCAUCAAUUUUGAUGCGGAUCUUGGUGUCCUCUUCGUGCCCGAAGAUCAGGUCCUGCUUCUUGCCAACCAACAACGCUCACUUUUAAAAUAAUCCCUGAAUUCGUUGAGUGGCGGCGGCGAAGAUUGUUUCGCCGAUAUAGUCUUGCGCCAUGCCUACAUAAGCACGCAACACGGCGCCAUCGCGCAACACUUUGUCUGUCGUUUCGAACCCGAAAAUGAGGUGCGUAUCUCGGCUGCGGGUGGAGGUAUCAAAACGUUGUCAACUGGCAAAAUGUACAAAAUUCAAUGAUAAACAUUUUGUCAGUUGACGCCUUCUUUAUAUCUGGCCUGGCAGCUGAGAUAUAUCGGUUUUUAUGCUGUAGACACUAGGAAUUUCUAAAAGCGGCCCAAAAACCUAUAUAUCUCAGCUGUCAGGGAAGAUAUCGAAAAAUAGUCAACAGAUAAAUUGUUCACCAUACAAUUUUGCACAUUUUGUUAGUUGACACUUUGUUGAUAGCUCCCCAAUCAGCUGAGAUAUACACGUUGUUCUGCUACAGACACUACUACUUUCUGUCGCUACUCGGCGCCUUGCUGCUCAGCACGUAUCUCUACAAUUAUCUGUUCAAAGAGAGCGUCUAUAAUAUCACGGUGGACGGGAGUGCCGUCAAUUUUACCGGAAGUAAGGCCUUGAAAAUUUGAAGACAAAAACGUUUGAUAUUUUGUUUUCAGUCGACGAGUUCAUUCCACCGUUUGUCAAUAUUGCCUCCGAUUAUUUUGUGAGUUGUAGAGACUUUACAUUUUCGAUAAAACGUGAGUUUAGGUGGCCCCCUCGUACAAACUAAUGUCGUGUGGCAUCCGCAAAUCAAUGUCCCAGCUGACAGUCAAUACUAUGUGCUUUUUGAACAAUGAAAAGGCGUUCAUCAGUCAGAAUCACACGAUGAACGAGACGUGGCUUGAGAAGCGGUAAUUUGUGAGACGAUAAUAUCCAUUCCACGUUUUAUUUUCAGCGCAUGUGCGUACAAGGAUCCGAAAUUCCGUUUGCUUCCGGAAAACUUGAUCGAUGAUCCGGAAACGACGAGAUUCGCGUUCAUCCGUGACCCGUUCGACCGAUUCGUUUCGUUGUAUUUGGACAAGUGUUUGAAGUGAGUAUAUCUCAGCGGCGAGUAGAGAUAUUGAAAAAGUGUCAACUGAUAUAUUGUUCAUUAAAACAUUUUGUUCAUUUCAUCAGUUGACCACUUUUUGAUAUCUCAACCCGCAGCCAAGAUAUAUAGGUUUCUUUCUGCUGCUUUCAGAAAGCAAUAGUGUCUACUGCAGAAAAACGUGUAUAUCUCAGCUGCCAGGGAAGAUAUCGAAAAAAUAUCAACUAAUAAAAUGUUUAUCAACAAAUUUUACACAUUUUUAUAGUUGAUCACUUUUCGAUAUCUCUACAAGCAGCUGAGAUACAUUCAUUUGAAUAAACGCAGAGAGUUCAACUGCUGGCACUGCAAAAACGAUAUGCGAUGUGUCGUCAAAAACGUGUACGAACGUUUGCGAAAAUACAAAAAUCACAGGGCGUGGAAGCCGAUUCCGAAAUAUAUGGAGCUUCACGCGGCGCCGUUGUCGUGGUGAGCAUCGUGAGCCACGGAUUACUGUACUUUGUUUUCUCUCCGCGCAGGAACUGCAACUUUGACAAGGACCUCGCCAAAUGGCACUUGUUGAUGAUCGGAGCGGACCGCGAGCAGCGAACAUCGUCCAUUCUUCAAUUGGCCAAUAUUCUGAAGACGCACAACGUACCGGAUGCGAUUAUUCGCAAAAUUCAAGACGGAUCAAUGGGUGAGAGAGAGUGUGUGACAGAUUUGAGCGGAAGAACUCAACGGAAGAACACGGAAGAAUUUUUAUAUUUUUUAGAACUUUUUUUCAUGAAAUGUGAUCAACUGACGAAAUGUAUAGCAAAGUGAACUCUGCUCAUGAAAAAAUAAUUGUAAAUUUAACUUUUCAUACAAAAAAGUUAUUCGAGUUGUUCCGUGAAAAAAGGGUUAACGGAAGACGAAAGGAAGAUUUACAAUUAUUUUUCUAUGAGCAGAGUUCACUUUUCUAUACAUUUCGUCAGUUGAUCACAUUUCAUGAAAAAAUUUUCUAAAAAAGAUAAAAAUUCUUCCGUGUUCUUCCGCUCAACUCUGGUGUGUGAGACGAUCGAUCGAUUCAUUUCGAUUUCAGACGGCGAAACGAAACACUCGACGCACAAAUCGACGAAGCGACUGCUCGCCGAGAAACAGAUUCGCGAGGAUCCGGUCGUGCGCGAGUAUCUGCACAAAAUCUACUUUUUCGAUUAUUUGAUAUUCAUGUUCAACAGAGACCCGCUCGACGCCAAGUAUCAGACGGACUUUUGGAAAGUAUCUCAAUAA